AUGCUCUUUCAACAUAUGCGUGGAGGAAAACGUGUGGAGUCACUGCUCCGCCGCCUCGCUCGCUAUCUAUCCAGGGGCGCUGCUAUUGCUGGCUUGCUUCUCUGUUGCCUCUGGGUGACUUCGUACCUGGUGCGCUCGCCUAGCACCGGGCUGCGUGUUCCCGACGCGAAUGACGGUCGCGCAGGUGCUGGAGCAGCUGCGCUCUCAGAGCCCCUGGUCAGCACAACAACAACAACAACUGGGGACACGGCGCGACGCCAGGUCGCCGACGAUGCUGUGACCUUUGCACUCGUUGUCAUCAACCACGGCAGCGUACCUUUCUUUCUGAACUGGGUUUGUCACUACCGUUGCGUGCUUCAGUCGCAGUUCCUCGCGGGCACCGUGCGGCUUCCGGUGACCGUCCGGGCAAGAGCCACCGACGGUAAAGUCCUCGACUGGUUACGGCAGCGGAGCCUGGACACUCCAUGGCUCCGGAUACGAGCAGCCCGUGCCCCUCUUGCUAGGGCAGUCGCUUCCUAUCAAGCUAUGAAAGCGUCAAACAGUCUCUUUUAUGAAAUUGAAAGACAAAAAUUCUCGGCAGUGCAUGCAAUGUUUGCGCGGACGACGCACCUUCCAUCUCGAUUCUAUCUGCUCGUCUGCGAUGUCGAUGUAGUGUUUCUGCACGAGCCAGUUAGAGCCAUACUUAGAUACGGCGACGCUGACCUCUACAUGCAGUGCGAUGGAUGCAACACCGAGCUGUACGGGGCGCAGCAGGUGCAGUGCCCCUAUGAGUACAACACAGGUUUCAUGCUCUUUGCCGUUGAUCAGCGAACCCGCAGCGGCAGAUUACGAUUUCAGGCGAUACGACAACUGAUUGCAGAGGUUGUUCACGAGUCCAUUAAGACAGAGCGCGCACGUCAACUACAACCUGAACGAAAGUCUGUACACGAUCAAUUCAUUUUCAACAAGGUUCUGAAGAAAUGGACUCAUAACCAUAUGGUACAGUUACGUUCACCGUAUGAGAACAUGACGUCUAUCGCAGGAAUAGAGUAUGUGCGCCCACGCAUCAUGUAUCUCCCGUAUGAGGUGUUCCCGAACGGAUGUGUGUUGUUUGGAUACCGGCAUCGCGAGCCGUCUCCAGCUGUUCGUGCCCUGCUCGAGAGAGGCCUCGUCGUGGCUGUACAUGCAAACUAUCGAAAUGGCGCCUCUGAAAAAUGGAGGGCGCUUCGCAGUGUGAAUCUAACGAUCGCAUCGACACAGGAAGAGUCGCUCAACGCUCAGUUAUGUCCUCCGUGCGAUGAAAUCCAAGCUACAGCAUCAACGGGGCACAUGUAG